AUGAUCCCCACAAGCAGGAAUGCUACUGCUCUGCGACAAAUCAAGAAGGAAGGGAAGGUCAAUUUGAAUUUGGUAUCUACUAGACCAAGAUUGAACACACAAUCCCGAUCAAAACAAAAGAAGAAAAGUCCCCAAAUAGAACCCUUGGAUGCCUGGUAUAGGAGCAGGCUGACGGCCCAUCAUGAUGCCGACAAAUUUGUACGCAAACGUCACUAUGAUGAGAACUGGCUGAUUUUUGGACAUGUUGCUUGCACUGUCUUCAAUGGCGUGCCUCCCCAUGUUUGCUUCUUGAAUGGAUUACUAGAGGGGUCUGAAGAAGCAGCCGCCCAACCUUCCACUGCUUCGGCACGAGCUUCAACUUCCACUUCUGAUGCUGCAAAAAGGCCUGCAAGAGCUGGAUUACUAGAGGAGUCUGAAGAAGCCACACAACCUUCCACUGCUUUGGCAAGAGCUUCAGCUUCCACUUCUGACGCUGCAAAAAGGCCUGCAAGAGCUUCCCCUUCUGUUGCUGGAAAAAAGCCCCCCCCACAAGCUUCUUCCACUUUGGACUAUUGGAAGCCAUCUUCGCCAAAGAGAAGAAGAACAGCUGUUGCCGCCAAAGUGCCAGCACCACCAACACAACCUUCCACUUCUGCUGAAGCGAAAAGGCCCCCACAAGCUCCAUCCACUGAAUCCAAAGAGUCAACAUUGGACUAUGGGGAGCCAUCUACAGCUGUUGCCGCCAAACCGCCACCACCACAACCACCACCUUCCACUUCUGCUGCAGCGAAACUGCCCCCACAAGCUCCAUCCACUGAAUCCAAAGAGUCAACUUAUGACUAUUGGAAGCCGUCUUCACCAAAGAGAACAAGAAGACCAGACAAUCAGGAGGGUCAGCAAAGUUGGGCAACACAGCUGAGAAUGAAGAAGGAGCUGCAAGCUAUCCUUGCAGUUGACGAGUCUGAAGAGGUUAGAGAAAAGUUUGAUGAAGUUCUUGGUACUUUUGACAAGAAAUUGUUGCAACCCAAAGGACGUCGAGAAUCAGCUAGGCAGUUCCAGAAUCGAACUGAAAAGGCUAGAAGCGAGUACAAUCAGGCAUUGAAGGAUCAAUAUGGCCCAGUAGACCACAAUGUUUCAGAAUUCUUAACAAAACAUAACAUUCAAGCGCCAAACCCACAAAAGUGCGAUACUACCGAAAUUUGGAAGAUCAGAUAUGAGCCACCCAAUGCAGACAAAACCGAGCCCACAUUCAGGCUUGUGUUAGGAUCUCAAACAAAGAGCAGGAUUUUUGUUUCAAAUGUGACAGUUGCCUAUGUCAAACAUUAUCUUGGUAAAGGAUUUGUUGAAAAAUGCAUUGCUUAUGGAGAAAGGUGUUCUUCUAGGGGUAUUAAUCAACCCUCAUUCUUUGUUCCACUGGGAGAUAGCAACUUGGAUGUUGCCCCGAACCACUGUCUUCUCAAAUUACACAAAAAUGGGGACCAGAUGAAAAUGCUUCCCUAUGUUCAAGGCAAUAACGAUUGUUGCCUUGGUUUUUCUCUGGCAAAUGCUCUGCACUACUUGAACUUCCACAAGGAGUCAUGGAAACUAUAUCAACAAUCACAUGACUUGAGUGAACUGGAUGCAACCGCUCAAUUCAAAUGGCUCUCAGCUUGGGUGCAGGUCUCUGUUGAAGGAGUGGCCCCACUAUCCGUGAAGGAGUCCAAGGAACACUUUGAUGGGAUGGUGGGAGUCACCAAAUGCUUGAAGUCUUUGGCAGAACAAGAGCUUGUUGUGUUUGUUCCUAAAGUGAAGGAUGGGACGAAUACUCAUGCAGUAGCAUGCACUCAUGGCUUGAUAUUUGACUCCACACAGAAGUACCCAAUGAAACUGUGUCGUGAUAGUUUAAGCUUCAUUGCCGGUUCUGCUGGUUUUGGUGGCAUUUGGCGUUCCCGUCUUUUCACAUUCAGCAAGGCACUGAAAGGGCAGGUAUCAAAGAUUCAAAAUUAG